AUGUCAGGUGUGACGUUGUCGGGAGGUCCUCCAGGUGGUACCUCAGAAGUGGGCAAAGAUGGAAGAGUGACUUUGGGCAGUGGGCCGGGAGUCGACAUCCCGGUACAAGGAACGGGAGUUUCGCCGUUGCAUUGUCACAUCGAAAACAGCGAAGGCGUCGUGACGAUUUAUCCACUGUCAGAGAAUUUGUCGAUUGAUGGCGCCAAAGUUAAUGGACCUACCAGAUUAUCACAAGGUGUUAUGUUGACCAUUGGACGUUCAAACUACUUGAGAUUCAACCACCCAGCGGAAGCGAAAUUAAUGAAAUCCGUCCUACCGAACCCGAGAAUCUCGAUGGCGCCAAUAACGUUUGAACCAGCCGACGUCAACUAUCAAAAAUUCAACAAAAAGCCCCCUGCGGUGCCCAAAAAAAGUCCCAGAGAAUCUUUGUCCGAUAGCGACGAGGCACCCUCCAGCAUAAUGACGAAAGUAUCGAAAUUCGAAUAUUUGGCCGCGCAAAAUUUGAAAAAAUCUUAUUCGCCCAAAGUUUUUACGUCCAACGUGCCUACAGUCAAUGUACCAGUUAAGGACGUUUUAGGCAAAGACUAUGACAGUCUUAGUUUGAGGAAAAGUUUACCACAAAGCGCUGUCAAUUAUGUUGAACUAAACACACAAGAUAAGCAACAAAAUAAAACUCCUGGUCAAAUAUUUAGACACAAACAGCCUCAAUACGUUAAUGUGACAGUAAACGAAACGAAAAACAUCAACAACCGAGUGAUAAUUUACGAAAACGGUUGCAUUCCCAAAAACAACCCGAACGUUAAUUUCGACCAUAACGAUUUAAACAACAAAACUGUUAAUAAAAAUGUUAAUAUAAACAAAGCCAACAUGAGUCCCAGCUUUAGUAGAAAUCCGCAGUAUUUUAAUAGGAGUCCUUCACCUGCCAGUACGAAUUCGAAUUUGAAAAUUGAGCAUAGAAGAAGUGGUUCUGUGGGUGAGGAGGAUUUUGAUUCCAGGAAGUAUGAAGCUGAAGUUAGGAGGAAUCAGCAAAGCAACCAUUACGAAAACGUCAGCUACAACCAUUACGAAAACCUGGAACAGGAAACUUACGAAAACGUUUAUCCUUCAAGCCCCAGAACUAGAAUUAAGACUUUUGUUGGAGGUGGAAAUAUUAAAUCAGUAGAAGAAUCAAUUGACAGUAAAUUUGCUGUUAUUGAAACUGAAAGGAAGCUGCUCAAAGAAGCUGAAAGGGUGCUGAGGCAAAACCUGCACAAUUCCAAGGAAAUAACAGAAGAAAGUUUUAAUUUUAGCGAUUUAGAACAUAGGAAAAGUACUCCUACUAAAUUUAUUUAUCCUAUUGAAGGCGAAAAAGACAGGAAAUCUAUUGAGAGCAAGAAAGAUGAAGAAACUACUACCAAUGACAGUAAUAGCAUUAAUUCAUCAAAAGUGGAAAACAGCAACAUGAAAGAUCUUGGAAAUCAACCUACACAAACUGAAUUAGUUGAAAAUACAGUCUCCCACAUUUCAAAGUUUUCCUGGAGAACUAGUGAAGGGAACAUUUUGAAACUUUUUGCAUGUAAAGAGGAAGGUGAGAAGCUCAUUUUCCCAAAAUUUCAAAAGUUUCUACUGGAAAAUAACAACAUGAGGAAUAUUGGAAAUCAACCAACAAUAACUGAAUUAAUUGAAAAUACAGUCUCACACAUUUCAAAGUUUUCCUGGAAAACUAGUGAAGGGAACAUUUCGAAACUUUUUGCAUGUAAAGAGGAAGGCGAGAAGCUCAUUUUCCCAGAAUUUAAAAUUUUUCUAGUGGAAAAUAACAAUAUGAGGAAUAUUGGAAAUCAUCCUAAAAUAACUGAAUUAAUUGCAAAUACAGUCUCACAUAUUUCAGAGUUUUCUUGGAAAACUAGUGAAGGGAAAAUUUUGAAACUUCUUGUAUGUAAAGAGGAAGUGGAAAACAGCAACAUGAAAGAUCUUGGAAAUCAACCUACACAAACUGAAUUAGUUGAAAAUACAGUCUCCCACAUUUCAAAGUUUUCCUGGAGAACUAGUGAAGGGAACAUUUUGAAACUUUUUGCAUGUAAAGAGGAAGGUGAGAAGCUCAUUUUCCCAAAAUUUGAAAAUUUUCCAGUGGAAAACAGCAACAUGAAAAAUCUUGGAAAUCAACCUACAGAAACUGAAUUAGUUGAAAAUACAGUCUCCCACAUUUCAAAGUUUUCCUGGAGAACUAGUGAAGGGAACAUUUUGAAACUUUUUGCAUGUAAAGAGGAAGUGGAAAACAGCAACAUGAAAGAUCUUGGAAAUCAACCUACACAAACUGAAUUAGUUGAAAAUACAGUCUCCCACAUUUCAAAGUUUUCCUGGAGAACUAGUGAAGGGAACAUUUUGAAACUUUUUGCAUGUAAAGAGGAAGGUGAGAAGCUCAUUUUCCCAAAAUUUCAAAAGUUUCUACUGGAAAAUAACAACAUGAGGAAUAUUGGAAAUCAACCAACAAUAACUGAAUUAAUUGAAAAUACAGUCUCACACAUUUCAAAGUUUUCCUGGAAAACUAGUGAAGGGAACAUUUCGAAACUUUUUGCAUGUAAAGAGGAAGGCGAGAAGCUCAUUUUCCCAGAAUUUCAAAUUUUUCUAGUGGAAAAUAACAAUAUGAGGAAUAUUGGAAAUCAUCCUAAAAUAACUGAAUUAAUUGCAAAUACAGUCUCACAUAUUUCAGAGUUUUCUUGGAAAACUAGUGAAGGGAAAAUUUUGAAACUUCUUGUAUGUAAAGAGGAAGUGGAAAACAGCAACAUGAAAAAUCUUGGAAAUCAACCUACAGAAACUGAAUUAGUUGAAAAUACAGUCUCCCACAUUUCAAAGUUUUCCUGGAGAACUAGUGAAGGGAACAUUUUGAAACUUUUUGCAUGUAAAGAGGAAGUGGAAAACAGCAACAUGAAAGAUCUUGGAAAUCAACCUACAGAAACUGAAUUAGUUGAAAAUACAGUCUCCCACAUUUCAAAGUUUUCCUGGAGAACUAGUGAAGGGAACAUUUUGAAACUUUUUGCAUGUAAAGAGGAAGGUGAGAAGCUCAUUUUCCCAAAAUUUCAAAAGUUUCUACUGGAAAAUAACAACAUGAGGAAUAUUGGAAAUCAACCAACAAUAACUGAAUUAAUUGAAAAUACAGUCUCCCACAUUUCAAAGUUUUCCUGGAGAACUAGUGAAGGGAACAUUUUGAAACUUUUUGCAUGUAAAGAGGAAGGUGAGAAGCUCAUUUUCCCAAAAUUUCAAAAGUUUCUACUGGAAAAUAACAACAUGAGGAAUAUUGGAAAUCAACCAAAAAUAACUGAAUUAAUUGAAAAUACAGUCUCACACAUUUCAAAGUUUUCCUGGAAAACUAGUGAAGGGAACAUUUCGAAACUUUUUGCAUGUAAAGAGGAAGGCGAGAAGCUCAUUUUCCCAGAAUUUCAAAUUUUUCUAGUGGAAAAUAACAACAUGAGGAAUAUUGGAAAUCAUCCUAAAAUAACUGAAUUAAUUGCAAAUACAGUCUCACAUAUUUCAGAGUUUUCUUGGAAAACUAGUGAAGGGAAAAUUUUGAAACUUCUUGUAUGUAAAGAGGAAGAGGAAGGUGAGAAGCUCAUUUUCCCAAAAUUUGAAAAUUUUCCAGUGGAAAACAGCAACAUGAAAAAUCUUGGAAAUCAACCUACAGAAACUGAAUUAGUUGAAAAUACAGUCUCCCACAUUUCAAAGUUUUCCUGGAGAACUAGUGAAGGGAACAUUUUGAAACUUUUUGCAUGUAAAGAGGAAGGUGAGAAGCUCAUUUUCCCAAAAUUUCAAAAGUUUCUACUGGAAAAUAACAACAUGAGGAAUAUUGGAAAUCAACCAACAAUAACUGAAUUAAUUGAAAAUACAGUCUCACACAUUUCAAAGUUUUCCUGGAAAACUAGUGAAGGGAACAUUUCGAAACUUUUUGCAUGUAAAGAGGAAGGCGAGAAGCUCAUUUUCCCAGAAUUUCAAAUUUUUCUAGUGGAAAAUAACAACAUGAGGAAUAUUGGAAAUCAUCCUAAAAUAACUGAAUUAAUUGCAAAUACAGUCUCACAUAUUUCAGAGUUUUCUUGGAAAACUAGUGAAGGGAAAAUUUUGAAACUUCUUGUAUGUAAAGAGGAAGAGGAAGGUGAGAAGCUCAUUUUCCCAAAAUUUGAAAAUUUUCCAGUGGAAAACAGCAACAUGAAAAAUCUUGGAAAUCAACCUACAGAAACUGAAUUAGUUGAAAAUACAGUCUCCCACAUUUCAAAGUUUUCCUGGAGAACUAGUGAAGGGAACAUUUUGAAACUUUUUGCAUGUAAAGAGGAAGUGGAAAACAGCAACAUGAAAGAUCUUGGAAAUCAACCUACACAAACUGAAUUAGUUGAAAAUACAGUCUCCCACAUUUCAAAGUUUUCCUGGAGAACUAGUGAAGGGAACAUUUUGAAACUUUUUGCAUGUAAAGAGGAAGGCGAGAAGCUCAUUUUCUCAAAAUUUCAAAAGUUUCUACUGGAAAAUAACAACAUGAGGAAUAUUGGAAAUCAUCCUAAAAUAACUGAAUUAAUUGAAAAUACAGUCUCACAUAUUUCAGAGUUUUCUUGGAAAACUAGUGAAGGGAAAAUUUUGAAACUUCUUGUAUGUAAAGAGGAAGUGGAAAACAGCAACAUGAAAAAUCUUGGAAAUCAACCUACAGAAACUGAAUUAGUUGAAAAUACAGUCUCCCACAUUUCAAAGUUUUUCUGGAAAACUAGUGAAGGAAAAAUUUUGACACUUUUUGCAUGUAAAGAGGAAGGAAAACUAGUGAAGGAAAAAAUUUGUAACUUUUUGUAUGUGGAGAGGAAGAUCGAACUGGAAAAGGCGCUAAUCAACGGCGAAUUCAAAUCCAAGCAACUAGAACUGGAAAAACUGGAAACCAAAAAGCAAAAAAUGCUAAAACGAGCUCAACGCAUUGAGGACAGUAUGCGCGACUGUCAAAUGAAACAAGACGAAGACCAGCAAGAGUGCAAACAAAAACUCGAAUCGGCCCAACAAAACAUGAAUUCGGUCGAAGAAAAAUUAAAAUCAACCGAAAAAACUAGUCCCGACUAUGAGCGAGUUUUUGAAGACUAUCUUCAAGCCCAAGAACAGCUGGACAACGAACGGAAAAACUUCGAAGACUUGGAGUUUCACCAUUUAGAAGAAGAAGCCGAUUGGCUAGCUAGUAGAGAAGAACUACAAAGAGAAAUCUUAGAUUUAUCAAAUAGAAUUGAAAAUCUAAAAGUCAACAUUCAAGAGUUGGACAAUCAAAGGCAAAAAACUUCUAAAACAAAUUCAAAUGAGUAUAAAACUAUUGAGAGGCAAAAGUUGGAAUGUAUGGUGCGUUUAGAAGAGAUAAGGAAUCGUUUAAAAUCAAUUGACAAUGAGUUGUUGAUUAAUUUCCAACAAGAAUCCGACCAGGAAGGGUCCAGUGAUGAAUCAUUUAAUAAUAAAAUUACCGAUCUAAGUUGUUCAAUGAUUGUGAGUGAGCAUAAAAUAAAAGACACUGCAUGUAAUAAUAUGUCUCAAAGUUUCAACGAAAAAAUGCUUCAAGAAAAGUGCGUCUUAGAAAUGGCUAAAAAGUUUCCCAGUCAAGACGACAUUGAUAGAUUUAGUAAAGUGACUUUGGAUGCUCCAAUAAUAGAAGGGAGAGAAUCUUUAGGCAGAAAAACUAUAGAGUCUUUACAGGAAAUCGAGCGAAAUAGGCAUUUGCAUUUGUGUCAACAAGGUUCUCAAGUAAUAGAAAACGAAAGGCAGAGGGUGCUAGCGUUAAAACAACGAGUGCAAGAGGAAGUCAAAACUCAAUGGGCGCAACAAAGACAAGAUGAAUGUGCCAGAAACAGUGGCCCAGACAUUGUCCAAACUAAACCAGUAAUGGAACCUGACAUUGAACAACAGGUGAGAAGUUUAUUUAAAAGUUUAGGUUAA